CGGCGGUUUGACGCACGGGCCAGGGGAGUGUCAAGUGCGCGCGCCCACCACGUCCGCGUAAGUCCACGUUUUGCCUUGUUGUUUACUUCUCCCGCCGGACCGCCGAGUCGUCCAUGGACCCGGGUACUUAACAACGACUCGGUUUUGUUUUCUUAAGCGGGACAGCCCCACCCCACCACCACCACCACCACCACCACCGCCGCCCCUUUUUUCUUUUCGGUACUCCGGUCGACGAAGUUCUGCGCUUCACCCGCGCCCGGAAAACACGCUCCCCGCGCAGGGUUUGUUUACCUCCGGGACGAAACAUGGACGUCCGGUACCGGGGUCUCGUCGCCACCAUAAAGUGCCUCUCCGUGUUGACGGCGAUCGAAUGUGCGACAGACUGUCUCCCGGCUCCUGCGCUGUCUUACCAGUGGACCGACGCCUUCCACGUUAAGCUGAACUGGCAGAGGCCGCGGACCGCGGGGAGCUCGGUGAGCUACCGCAUCAGCGACUCGGCGGGGCAUACGAAGAGCACAACAGAACAGUUUUAUGACCUCAGUGUCUCCACAGAGGAGCUAGACUCUGGUUUCUGGUGCACGCUUUACAUUGAAUCAAGUAACUGUGAGCCUAGCAAACCAUCAAAGUGCACCAUCACUCCCCCAGUGAAACUGGUGAAGAACUUCACAUGUUCCCUCUACGACCGUGAUGCCGUUAACUGUUCCUGGAUCCCAGAGAAACACUCCUCGGACCUCCAGGCCUUCCACAGGUUCUUUGUGGACACUGAAAAUAAAGUUGCUGAAGACAUCCCGCUAGACUGCAAGUCCCUUGGCAACAACAAAAUGGGGAGCUGUACGUUUGUGACCAGGAACCUCACCGACACUCACUGGAUACUGAUCAACGGGACGCUCAACGGCCUGCCAGUCCAUAACACCUUCAAACGCCAGCCCAACAAAUAUGUUAAAAUCCCGCCGCCCGAAGUGACCAUCGUGGAGGACGGGGACCACCUCACAGUGACCCUUAAGCAUGUAGACGUAGGGCCACAUACGGAGAGUUGCUGGGAUUACCAGGUCAGCUACAGUAAAUGCAACGAGCCUGAGCAACAAGCGAGCAGUAGAGUCGCCACGGUGACGAUACCGUACGACAAGCGGUGCCAGUACAAGUUCAAGGCCAAGGCUGUCUUCAAAAGAAUCUGUGGCGUCGGCGGAAGUGACUUCAGUGAAUAUAAAACUCACGGCGUGAAUAAACCCUCUUACUGGCUGGCGGCCGUCGUCGUCAUCCCCGCCAUUCUGGCCAUCUUCGUCGUCCUGGCCGGCUGUUGUGUCAAGAGGUGCAAACCCAUUAUCUUCCCUGCCAUCCCAGAUCCCUCUGUGAUAUUCAAAGAAGUUAUGAACAGAAAUAAAGAGAGUCCAAUAGAGCAUCUUUAUGUUCCAGAGACGGAGGAUGUGGAGUCGGGGAAAAUUGUACUUGUAAUGGAAGAUGGCUCCACUCAGUAAAACUCUUGAGAGACACACAACACACACAACGCACACACACACAAACACACACACACACACACACACACACACACACACACACACACACACACACACACACACACACACGAACAGUUGUCCUGAUGGCUGUUGUGUCAGAGCAUAUCUACUACCUGGCCCGAGAGGAGGCGUACGAGUUUUCAUCCUUCGCUGAAAACCGAGGUGACCCCGACGACGUUGAGCUGAACCACGGCUGCGGUACCAACGGCUGCCAAGAACACGACCCGCUGGAGCUACCCUUAAAAGCUGGACAGCUAUCUUGUACCCGCCUCGCGCCCAAGUCAGUGGGAACGAGUCGGCAUGGAUCUUUCCUACCGGGUUCCACGACACCCCGGGAUUUUGCACAGGUCCAAAACUGCCUGGAUUUUUUUUUGGAAUGCAACGGAAAACAUGGAUUACCAUCAGGAGAACCUCACCGGUUACCAUCGGACGUGCGGAGGACAUCAGCAUCUCGUGAUGCAAAGGUUCAGACGAGCUGGCACGCUGCCACGAGGCGUCAUAAGGUGGCUGAAUAAAGACUGCUGUGAUAUAGAGGACCACCUGACCGAACGCCAGCUCGUCCGCACCACGUGCCGUGUCGACUCUCCACUGUAAACGGUACAGAAUUGAAGCUGCAGACCCAGGACGAGCUGGUAUUUACCCAGGGUCGUAUUCGAAUGACCCACGGCCUGUGAUCGUGUAUGGAUGACGAAACGCGGAUCGACCCUGCGUUAAGUGACUUGUGUCAUAUCCAAUACAGGUUUUAUGUGUGAAUGGGGCUUUGUACAUGGUCGGUGGCGGGCAGCUUCGGCAGUUGGGGACAUUUUGAUGAAUAGGAGGGCAAGAGUGAGCCGAAUGAUGCUGCACCUAGUAAGAGCUUUACUUGCCGUAAACACAUGGCACAACAGUCCAUUACUUGAAAUGCACUAAGCACAGGGCACGAGAGCAAACGGGUAACGGCCUCUCGCUGCCACUGUGACUACUGUAAGUCAAUACGACCUUAUUGGAGGUAGACAAUAGGGUUAACCAUAAGCUCACUGGUUGCAAAGUACAAACUGAGCUUGGCUUGGGGGUCACCGAGUCAUGUCUCAUAUAUUCAGAAUGUUCGAGAGAGGAUGUCCAGGUGGCGUGGCAGUGUAUUGCCUACCAACACGGGGAUCCCAGUCCAAAUCCCUGUGUUGCCGGGCGUCCCUACAGACACAACCGGACGUGUCUGCAGGUGGGAAGGCGGAUGUGGGUAUGUGUCUUGGUCGCCGCACUAGCGCCUCCUCUGGUCGGUUGGGGCGCCUGCUCAGGGAGGAGGGGUAACUGGGGGGGAAUAGCGCGAUCCUCCCACGCGCUACGUCCCCCAUGUGAGACCCCUCGCUGGCGGCUGGCGACUCCACAUGUAUCGGAGGAGGCGUGUGGUGGUGUGCAGCCCUCCCCGGAUCGGCAGAGGGGGCGGAGCGGCGACCGGGACGGCUCGGAAGAGUGGGGUGAUUGGCCGGAUACAUUCAUUCAUUCAUCAUUCAUUCGUUAUCUGAACCGCUUAUCCUGCUCUCAGGGUGGCGGGGAUGCUGCAGCCUAUCCCAGCAGUCACUGGGCGGCAGGCAGGGAGGCACCCUGGACAGGCCGCCAGGCCAUCACAGGGCCCCCCCACACACACACACACACACACCUAAGGACAAUCAAAUACAGCCAAAUCACCUGACCUACAUGUGUCUGGACCGUGGGAGGAAACCGGAGCCCCCGGAGGAAACCCACGCAGACACGGGGAGAACAUGCACACUCCACACAGAGAACGACCCGGGACGACCCCCAAGGUUGGACUACCCCGGGGCUCGAACCCAGCACCUUGUUCCUGUGAGGCGACCGCGCUAACCGCUGCACCACUGUGCCACCUGUCCAGAUACAAUUGGGGAGAAAAAUGUUCAAGGAGUUAAUCUUGCGAGUGAGUCCUUAUUAAAAUCUUUCAGAAAACAAUGUGGAGUACAAACUCUCCAGUCACAUCCUAAACUCUGACUUGAUUUUUGAAAGUGAGGAAAUGAGACCACCUGUUUGUUCUGCUUUAUAUAUAUAUAUA